UCUCAUUAGUUAUGUAAGCAAUUAACAGCUUCAAACAAAUGCCCAUCAUGCUUGUUGAAUUCCCCAUCACUCCUUUCUUCUCAUACUCAAACAUGGAUUGUCUCUUAGAAGAGGAUCCCUUCAUCAGCCAAAACCAGGAUAAUUACUUCAAUAAAGACAGUGUGUCCUCACCAGAAUAUUCAUUUCCUCAACAAUUUUCUUCACCACAGCCACAGGUUGAGGUUGAAAAUUCUAGUUCACUAUCCCCUGACACUACCAUGGUCAAGAAGCUUAGCCACAAUGCUAGCGAACGUGACCGCCGCAAAAAGAUCAAUAGCUUGAUUGCUUCACUUCGUUCACUUCUUCCAGGGCCAGAUCAAACGCAGAAAAAAAUGAGCAUUCCAGCUACAAUUUCCCAAGUCAUAAAAUACAUACCUGAGUUACAAAAGCAAGUGAAAGGACUAACUAAGAAAAAGGAGAAGCUUCUAUCGAAAACUACUCGCCAAAGAGAUGCAGUAAACGAAGAAUCUCAAAGGAAGAAGAUUCCCCAUCACAACCCUGAUUUCGUAGUUUCAAAUAGUUGGCUCAAUGAUACUGAGGCUGCUAUUCAUAUUUCCUCUUAUGAGGCUCACCACAAGACUCCACUGUCUGAGAUCUUGCUGUGUCUAGAAAAUAAUGGGUAUUUACUGCUAAAUGCUUCUUCUACUAAAACCUUUGGAGGAAGGAUCUUCUAUAACUUGCAUUUCCAGGUGGAAAAAACUCAGAGAUUAGAGGCUGAUAUUCUAACUCAGAAGCUUUUGUCAAUAUAUGAGAAGAAGCAAAGAAUGUUCUAAUCAAAUAGGCGUUGGCUGUAAUUCUUAAGAUCAAAUGAUCUUCAUCACGGCUCUGAUCAAAAUAUGUAUAUAUUAGUGGAUUUUAGAAGUUAAUGUAUGUUAUCUAAACAUAAAUGUUUAAUUAAACCCCGACCUUAGUCCCCGUAGGAUAACUCAAGUAGUAGGAGCUGAGGGACAUAUGAGUUAGGUCAAAGGAUCCUGACAGGUGUAAUUUAUCUUUUCGAUGUAUAAAAAAAUCUUACCUUAUUGUUAACAAAUAGUAUUAAUUGAUAA